AUGAACAAGCGCUUGGCGAAGCGGUCCACGACCGCGAUGAUGACUGUGUCUCUCGUCAUGGCGAUGGCGUCGGUUGGACUUGCAAGCCAGCCGAUGUCGCGCGGUGGCCCCUUCGACAUCAUCGAUGUCCAGAACUGGGUAAAUCCGGACAACAUGUCCUGGGACGACUACAACGCGCCCCCUGGGACAAGCUGGGCCGAUCCGUCUCGCAAAGGGUCCAGCCGCAACUUCAACAUCGCCCUCGUCACCCUUGACUACAGCGAUAAACCGUUUGUCAUCACUCAGCCUCCCAACUCAACAAUAUUCGGCAACCCCCAGGCCAGCGCGGCCAACUUUGCCCGCAAGGACGUUCCCGGCUUCUACCGCGACUUUCUCAACAGGCCGACGAAGCUCAACCGUGGCCAUACGCUUCACGAGUACUGGAUGGAGGAUUCGGCGGGCCGUUUCGGAGUCGACCUGACCGCCUUUGGCGUCUAUCGAAUGCCGGCCCUGUCGUUCCAGUACGGCAUCGAGGCCAUCAACCCUGGGGGUUGCCCGUCCGGAUUCAGAUGCGGCCUGAACAUCCGGCGUGACGGCCUGGGACUCUGGCGCAAAGACGUCGGAGAUGAAGUUGCCAACUCGUUCGAGCUUGUCUUCAUCCUCUCCGCGGGCCAGGAUGAGUCGGCGACGUGGCGCGAGUUUGGCGAGAUGAAGUUUGGUUCGAGGCAGAACGUGUCGAAGACGUUCGGGCCACCCCGGGGCGCGGACGGAAACGACACCCUCCCCAACGCCGGCAUCACGCGGAACAACCUGUGGACGUCGUGGGCUUCGGCCGCCACCAUCUGGCCCAACGCCGGCGGUGGUUCGUCCACGCAGGCCGAGAGCUCGGGAAUGGCCGUGUAUGCGCACGAGCUGAGCCACCUGCUCAACAUCGGCGACAACUACAACAAUCCGUACAGCGAACCGAUGCGGCGAGACUACACGGGCCCGUGGUCCAUGAUGUCCCGCGGAUCGUUCAACGGCCCUCGAGGACCGCACUCGCGAUGGCAGAUCCCACCCGUUUACGGCGGUUCCAUGGGCUCCCUGCACACGAUGCGCGACAGGCACCAGCUUGGCCUCGUCGAAGCGAGCACCAUGCUGCGGGUGCCUCGACCUGUUCUCGAGGCUUCGGGGCCCGUGGUGGCACGCCUCACGGCUCGAUGCGUCAACGCAGAUCUGCUGGCCCUGCGCGUCGAGAUGGGCACCGACCUCUCGCCGGACUGCGAUUAUAGGAGAGAUGCGUAUUGCGACGGCGGAGACUACAACCACUAUGACGUGGAGGUCAUUGACAGGAUGGGUGCCGACUCGUUCCAGCCCGAUUCCGGCGUCAUGAUCAGCAAGUCCAAGGACCAGGACGACCAACCCUUCCAGUGGACCAUCGACGCCAACCCGCAGGACAUCAACCAGGUAGACUUUUACCGACCGAAUGGCACGGCAGCCAUGAUGUCGCUAGGCGACUAUCGGCAGCUGUCGGAUGCGCUGUUCCACGCCGGCACCCGGUCGGGGAGCAAGUUCGAGUACGCCGACAAGGUGAAUUCGCUUCACUUCUACAUCGUCGAGAAGCACCGAGACCAAAGGGGCAUACUCUCCUACACCGUCGGCAUGAGGUCCCUGCGCUCUUCCGAGGGCAGCGAGCACGGGGCGAAGCUGAGCGCCGGCAAGCCGGUGAUGUCCCAGGAGCUGACCCCGACAGGCAAGGGGGUCUUCUGCUCCUUUAACCUCACCAACAACGGGACCAAGUCGGCGACGGGGAAUCCGCCGAAGGAUAUGCUGCCGUACCUGGGCUCCGACAUCUAUCGGUUGCAGGCCAAAGUCGAGGGUGCCGGGUGGAGGGUCGAAGUUCCCAACGCACUGGCCGUGGCCAAGUUCGGCGAAACGGUGGCGGUGCAGGUAGCCGUGGGGGCAUCGACGGCAGCGGAUGCGCGAGCCAAGGUCAUGCUGACGGUGCAGUCAGAGUCGGAUCCCAGAGUCAGGGCAACUGCUGCGUGCGAGGUGCCCAAGGGCUGA